AGAAGCCUUAGUGGGAGUUAUGUGAAUGCCAGGAUAAUUCUGAUGAAUGUUUCCAAACACUGGCAGAGUCAAGACCAUCCAGACUGAAGUAGAGUGGAGAUCAUCUUUACUGGAAUAGAAGAGGUUAAGGAACAUGUCAGGUGAACAAUCAGGUCAUUCCCAGUGAAAACAGAUUCUUAAUCAAGUACCAGCUCUGUGGAUCCAGGACAGGUGUGUCCCAUGGCCUGCUCUGAACAGUGUGUUAUCUGGUAGAAGAUUCCAUUGGCAAACCAUCUCUCUGUUGCCUUACAGAGCAAGCCAAGAAGAUGGGUCGAUUGAAGAGCCAUCUGACUGUGUGCUUUCUACCUUCUGUGCCCUUUUUAAUCCUAGUAUCCACUCUAGCCACUGCUAAGAGUGUGACAAAUAGCACUUUAAAUGGCACUGACAUGGUCUUGGGCUCUGUGCCCGUAAUCAUGGCCAGAACUGACCAUAUCAUAGUCAAGGAAGGGAACAGUGCCUUGAUUAACUGUAGUGUUUAUGGCAUUCCUGACCCACAGUUCAAGUGGUAUAAUUCCAUGGGCAAGCUGCUGAAAGAAGAUGAUGAUGAGAAGGAGAGAGGAGGAGGGAAAUGGCAAAUGCAUGACAGAGGCCUCCUGAACAUCACCAAGGUGUCUUUCUCCGAUCGAGGUAAAUACACAUGUGUGGCUUCCAACAUGUAUGGCACUGUGAACAACACAGUGACCCUGAGAGUCAUCUUUACCUCUGGAGACAUGGGUGUCUACUACAUGGUUGUCUGCCUUGUGGCCUUCACUAUUGUCAUGGUCCUAAACAUCACCCGCCUGUGCAUGAUGAGCAGCCACCUGAAGAAGACCGAGAAAGCCAUCAACGAGUUCUUUAGGACAGAAGGCGCAGAGAAGCUGCAAAAGGCAUUUGAGAUCGCUAAGCGGAUCCCUAUAAUCACCUCAGCCAAAACUCUAGAGCUUGCCAAAGUCACCCAGUUCAAAACCAUGGAAUUCGCCCGUUAUAUUGAAGAGCUUGCUAGGAGUGUGCCUCUGCCUCCUCUCAUCAUGAACUGCAGGACGAUCAUGGAGGAAAUCAUGGAAGUGGUCGGACUGGAGGAGCAAGGGCAGAACUUUGUGAGGCAUACCCCAGAAGGUCAGGAGGCCACAGAUAGGGAUGAAGUCUACACGAUCCCCAACUCUCUGAAGCGAAGUGACUCUCCCACCGCAGACUCAGACGCCUCGUCCCUGCAUGAACAGCCUCAGCAGAUUGCCAUCAAGGUGUCAGUUCACCCACAGUCCAAAAAGGACCAUGUGGAUGAGGAAGAGGGUGCACAAUUUGAAGUCAAAGAUAAAGAGGAGACAGAACCGUCGGCUGAACGUUCCCCAGACACUGCAGAGCCUUCUACAGACAUCACAUCCACAGAACUAACAUCUGAAGAGCCAACACCUGUUGAGGUAUCGGAUCGAGGACUGCCACCACCUCACCUGGAGACUCCAGAGCCAGCAGUGACACAUGAUAAAAACACCUGCAUUAUUUACGAAAGCCAUGUCUAAUAUCAAUUCUGAAAAGCUAUGCAUAUCAAGAAAAUCAGGGGCCGCUCCUUGUAAUACAGAUGUAGUACGCACUUGCCGCUAAGCCUUACCAGGAGACUCUCAUCCCUUAGGUAGGAGUGAUGCCAUUUUAAAAGGGGAAACACCUGUGUGCAGUGUUUGUGACUGGAAUUUCCCCAGUAGGAAAGGUUGCAAGCAACAUCAGGGUGCAGAACUAAUCAUGUCGGACAGAAAGUGUCUGUCCACAUGAUGUGAAUUUUUGAGUCUGUUCUCUGCCAAAUUCCUUAGUGUUGCCCUUUUGGCAAAGAGUACACUACUGUAAGAUAUCCUGAGUUAAGAGCCCUGUCCAAUGCACACUGCAUUGCUUUUCCUUUUAAUAAUUAUAGGUCUGCUACAAUAGCAAAUGCACGUACUUGGAUUUGUUGCACUUUCUUCUCAGUUUUAAUUACUUUUACUGUUCCUUUGUAAAUGGAGUAGUAUUAUUAUGUUAAUACUGAUUGCUCUUUGUGAAUUAGUCCUCUUUGCCACUUUUGUCCUUAUUUUUCCCUAGGACAUUUACCUCACACGCUUUGGUGUCUUUCACCAGAACCAGGGCUGAUAUCUGCAGGUCAUUUGUAAUGUUCUGAACUAGUUUCUAAGUUUGUUUUGGUUUGGUUUGGUUUGGUUUGAUUUAAUCAUUCCCUAGGCCUAUGUUCAUGAAUUGCUUUUGUUUGUUUGUUUCCAAUGAAGCUGCUGUUAUAAAACUGAGAAAACUUUGCCCUAGAAUAGCACUUUAAUAGUCAAAUAAAAAUGUUCUUUUGUGUCCAAUUCUGAGAACCUUUUGGUAAGCUCAACUGAAGUAUGGAGGGAGAUUUUAAAAGGUUAAACAUACUCUCACCACCCGUGAAAACUUCUAUUUGUUUUAACAACAUCACCUCCAAAGACUGAUUCUUUACCUGGAAAACUUAUUGCUUCCAAAGACAGAAACAUUUAGUGAAAACCUGUAGGUUGUAGAAUAUUGGCUUCCCAGGAGAGCUUUUCAGGGACCAUAUGCCAUAGAUCAAUUCAAACACUUGAUUUAGGAUUGGAUUUGUGAGGAUGUGUAACCAGGUCCACCUCUGUUACCUGUACAGCUCAUUUGUUGGUCAAGAGAGAAUGGAAGGUUGGAAUAAUGGCCUCACAUUUCUUGCUAAGAUUGUUGAAUUAUUGGGUCUCACCAGAAAGCAGUUAUACAUACUAUGGAAAGAAGACAAAACCAGUCAUUGAAAGGUAGAAUACGUGACUAUGCCACUGACCAACUGCUUGGCUUUGGGCAAGUCUGGGCCUUAGUUUCCUUAUCUGUGGGAGGGGGCUGACCAAAUGGUCCCUGAGCGCUAAUUCAGUGGUUUCACCCUCUAAUAGAACUGAACCAAUGUUAACAUUAACAUCCUCAUUCUUUUUCACAGUUCCUUUAAUGGAUUUACUUCUUAACUGGAUCCACCUAACAUUUUUAUGCCGUAUUAAAGAAAGAGGGUCAGUUUUGACAAACCAUACACUAUUAAGCAAAUUGUGGAUUGCCUCCCCUCCCUGCCACCAAAAACAGGGUCACUUCUACCAUUUAGAUUUAAUCCUGGUGAGUAGUAUCAUUCCAUUUUAACUUAAAAGUAAGGAAGACAGUAACCUUCAAGAGUUGUAAGGUCAUAGACCUGUCAAAUAGCAGGAUUAUGAUGUUGGAGGUUUUAUGGGCCAUUUUACCAAUGACAGAGCAUACCCAGAUGAUUAAUCCUCAAUCUGUUAUCACCUGGAGAAGUGAUGUUGGGCAACUGUCUUCCUCUCAGUGGUUUAAUACUUCUCAUCUGUAAACUAUGUAAGUAGCACUCAGCAAUACGCAACAUUGCUUCCAGCUCAAACACAAUUUUAAGGAAAAUGUGAGAUCCUUGAUAGCCUUUAUUGCACAUGAUAAGUAAAAAUGAGUACCUGAGUCUGAAUCCUUCAGUACUCAAAAUUUUAUAACAAACAUAACUCAGCUCUGUAACUCAAGACAGUGGUCUUGGCUUUCAAGUAGUGAACAAUUAAGGGAAAACUAUGACUCCUGUUUGGGUUCCCUGAACUAAGAUUCCAUGUAUUUGGAUUGCAGAAAUAUUUUAUUAACACUCUUAGAAGAUAAAACUUUUCCCAUUGUCAUGGAGGUUAUAUUCUUAGCAUGGAAUUUGUACCUUCAGAGCAACAACUGAGAAGCUCAGUUUCUAAUAUUGUGUGGGAUUCUCCCCAUUCUAUUCAGUUUUCAUUCCACCUAAACAUAUGUGAAGAUUUCCACAUAGAACCUACAGGAGAAGGCAUCCAUCAUCUUGGGAAAAUAAGCUAGAAUAUUAUAUAUAUUCAUUUUUUAAAUGAAGCAAGAACAUAAAUAUCUGACCAAAGAACAUUUCCAGCUUAGUGUUUGCUUCUUUAGUCUACAGUGCAUUAAGAGAAAAUAGAGAUUUUCAAAAUUUUCUCCCUCUUUAAGGCAUCAAAAUGCUCUUCACAUAAUACGAGCCAAUGCAAAGGGAGGUUGGCUUAUUAUGGGAAUUUCUCCUGCCAGAAAUGCUACAUUCUUCCUCCCCAACUUACAACUUCUUUAUCAAAUGACACUCCUGCUAGAAUAUAAAAUGUAGACCUCAUGACUUUCCACUGAUUUUUCGCAGAUCAAAUGAGCCAUUCAGCUUCAUAAAAGUUCACAGUACCGGAGUGCAGCUGAACAUGUGUGUAUAUAUACUGUCAUGCAGACUAGACUCAGUUGGGCAGUUUUAAAGAUUUAACACUAAAUCCUGAGCCCUGUCCUUAGGGCCUUAUUUAGGCAUUCUUGAAAUCAGUUUCUGGUUUGAGUCAUCCUGAUCACAUACCUUGCAAUUAUUUUCUUGAAAUUCUGAAAAUGAUUCAUGCCUGUGUGCAUAUUUAAUUCCUUUAGAUGAUCUGUAAACUUGGAUGGUAUUUAUUCUAAAUGGGAAAAAAGAAUUUUAUAUGAAAAAAUGUAAUUUAUAAUGGUUUUGUUUUAUAUAUUAUAUUUUCAUAUCUUUAGGGCACAUCUACUAUUCUCAUCUUUUUGUACAUCAUACUUGGCAAAAGAAAUACUAAUAAUACUUGACUGAAAUCUCUAGGAACCAAAUGUAAUAUGUGUGAUGUAUAAUGUAGAAAUGGCUUUUAAACUAUUUGAAUGUUCACCUCUGUCCCAGGCAUUCUUGUAUCACUGUAUCCACAAUGAUUUGUCUUUUAUUUGUAUUUCUUUUUCAAAACUAAGACUCAGAAGCUUGACAUUUCCCUAAGAGUGGAUUCUAGAAUCCCCCUCCUUUCUUUCCUAUUGUGUGUCUUACUUUUAAUUGCAUAAGUCUGUCAUUUCCUUUUGAAGGGCAAAUGUGAGAUCUUAAGAAAACAACUUGGUGGAAAGAAUGAAAUUAACUAUGGUUGUACACAUGCUUUUAAAAAUAGAUAACGUGUUUCAAAUCUAAAGGUUGGCAUGUUACUCAGCAGUGAUUUUGGAUCUUCUUGAUCAUUUAGCACAUGAAGGAAAUGUGAGGCACAAAGAAUAUUUGCAUGUUUUGAACAGGCACAUUUUAAAUAUAGUGCAGCCUACAGAAAUCUGCUUCACCCAUCCUAGACCCUGGAAGAAAUAUUUUUUAAAGUCAGACUCCUUUGUUACAUCAUUUGAGGUACAGUGUUGGUGCAGUGCAAAAACUUGAGUGGCAGUCCCUGUGGUCUGUCAACUGGGGAUUGCCUUUUUGAGUUUUCAGUUGGUCUGAAAGUGGAGCAUUUCGCUUGCAUUUCAGAUCCUCGGAUUUCUCUACACAGUUCAAGUACUGUCCUUUACCCUUCUUUACAUGUCCUUUUGGCAGUCCUUUAUUUCCUGCUUCUCUUGUUGCUGCUUAAACUAACACUGAACUCUUUUCAGGAGCUACCAAAUCUCAUUAUAUAUCUGUAUAUUGAAUACCUGUUAUCUUCAAAGGCAUUGGUCAUUUUUUACAUUCACCUGUUCAUUUAAAAUCCUCCAAUGGAUAACCAAGUUCAUUCUCCUUGUGGCUUUUUAGGGUUGCCUCAGUUUGGGUGAAGUAAAUCCAUUAUGGAGUGCAGCAGGGGAGGGGGAGGGGCUGGAAAUAAUACAGCAUUGCUUAUUAUAUUUUUCAGAAGACUGAGUGCUUAUCUGUUAUCCAAGAAUAUCUCAUACAAGGAUGAUAAUUAUCUUUAUCAGUUUCUCUAGAGAUAGAAUUUAUAAAGAGGCUAGCACUAAGACUACUGUGAUCCUAGUUGAAGCUAGAGGAUAUAAAAGUAGUGGAAAAUUCUUAGAAUAUUCUGACAUAAAUUAUUUUUAACUGACAAUAAAAGCCUCCAAAUGUAUUUCUCAGACACCAUAGAAUUGCUGUAGUCAAGUUAGGAUCAAAGAUAUUGGCACUUGGGUUUGGUUUCCUGUAUUACAGUAGUUCUGGAUAUCCUUGAUUAAGUGGGGAAAGAAAAGAAAUGUUAUCUGAGCAGAAAUGUUAAUCUAAUGACUUUGUGAGUAUACAAUAUUCACUUUUUUUAAAAAAGAUAAACAAAUGACUAAUAUGUAGAUUGAUAUUACAGUAGCAAAACAACCAUGUGAUCCAUCCUGUAUUUGAUUGUUGCUUUAAUAAAGGGUUUGCACAGGUAUA